UUGCUGAGGAGUGAAUAACUUCCUCCACACAAACGACAUCCAUAAUAUUGGCAAGCUGAAGAGUUAAAAAAUAAUUUCGUUUUAAAAAGCAAAGGCUUUACGGGAAACGAAUUAUCACUCCUAAACAUUGGGAUAAUUCUAGUAAUCUAGACGGUAGACAGCAAUAAAGGUGAUAUUUAUUUAUACUAAUCCGUGAUGACGAAGGUGUGAGUUCCCUGUUUCAAAUCAUUCCCUAAUCGUGGUCUUCGUGAGCUGAUUCAUGCCAUCAUUUAAUUAUAUCGACCUCCCGAAUCCGAGUAAAACUACCUUGUUGACAGUGGCAAGAAGCCGUUGCUAUGGUAACGAACGACGCUACUUUCCAGUCGUGAGAUACUUGCUAUUAGCCUAACGAAUCAAUCCUGAAUGUUGACGUCAAUUUUCCUUCGUCUUUUGUUUUGUUUGCUUAGGACACUUUCGUGCUUCUGACAUUUACUUCCGUCUCAAUACCCCAAUUACCGAUCUCAUGAAAAUAACUCUCCCAGGACCCUAAAAUUAUGAAAACAAAGCAAAUUCCUGACACGAAAACACUACUAGAUCUUAAAUGGCCAAAGACAACAUUAAAAUCCGACUAAGCACAAGGAAAAAUAAACAUGAAUAAGCUUCAUAAACACAUUCCACUUGCCCCCUUCUCUAAAGCAUAAUUUGUAAAUAAAAUAUAAAUAAAAUCAAGUGAAUAAAUCACCCUUGGCAACUAAGAUAUAGGAUGAGAAGGGGGAGGAAUAUGGAAAACAUUGACCGUGGCUUCCCCUUCACCCAAUUCCAGUAGAGAUUUGGUCGUGGUUGGGGUCAGUAGUCAGCCUCGUCGCAUUCCAGUUCGGCCUGAGACAUGGAUCCAUGGUCACUAGUUGUACGAGAAAGCGAGAGGCACACAGUUCAAGUAGAGGGAGUUGUAGCAUACCUCAACCAACAGAUUGUAGAGAGAGAGCGAGAGAAGGCAAAAUCAACAGAAGUGACAAAAAAGAAAAUUUACGUUGUCAAAGAGAGGAACUAUGAGACCUUCAAUUACAUAGAGAACAAAGCCAGUAGCAACAAGGAUGUUGAAAAGCAUGAAAAUGAAGCCAUCGAUGAUACCCUAUCAAGUAUCCUAGUUCGUGCCAUGCAUCGCAAGGCAAAAAGGAGGGAGAUUGAGGAGAUAAGAAAGAUGAAGGCCUAUGAGUUAGAGAAAAGGAAAAUUGAAGAAGAGAAGCGGCAGUGCCUCGAAGCCAAACGAAAACAAAGCAACAAAUUGAGAGAGAUGAAAGAAGCGCAUCAGCUACGGGUCAUGAAGGAGGACCAAUGGCGAGCAAGAGAGGCAAGGAUUGCCAAGCAAAACAGGAUGGCCGAUGAAUUUCGGAAGCAGAAACUUCUCCGCUCUUACUUUCAAGUUUUUAAGAAACUCCUGAUUACUAAGCAUGAAAAUAGAAUCAAGGCUAGAAACCAUUACAGAUACAAACUAGUACAACGAGCAUUUGCAAAGUUCAUACUUAACAAGGAGCAGGAACAGAGAUGGAGGGUCGAAAGGGCAACAAAUUUCCACAACAUUUGCAUCCUUGAGAAAUUCUUCUCCAGGUGGAAACAGUUGGCUGAAAUGAGACACCACCAACUUCAUACAGCCAUCCAGCAUCACAGCAAUAUUCUCCUUCGUCGUUAUUUAUGGAUAUGGAAAUGGUGGGCAACCGACUCCCUACUUCACAGACGCACACAGAUCCAGUAUGCAAAAGAGCACUACAGGAGGCAUCUCUUGCAAAAGGGAAUAACUCACUGGAAGUCGUACAUGGAGUACAAGAAAAAGAAACGAAGGGAAAACACAAUAGGAAGUCGCUUGCGAACUCGAGUGAAGGACGUCCUUCCUGACUUUUCUCCCUCUUCAACAGACGAUGAUGAUGAUGAUGAUGAUGAAAAUGACAGACAAGAAAAUGAGAGGUGGGAAGCAAUGAUCUCUGUAAUGACUCUCUGA